GCUCUGGUGCAGGCUCGUGCACGUCUCUCGGGGACGCGCAGAAUAGCGUUCACUUCUAGCGAGUUAGUCGGGACUUGGCGGCUGCCAUACGUCCACUCUUUCCUGGGGACGAGACAAGACGUCGCUGUGGGUUGCUGGGGGCUCCAGGCCGCCAAGCUGACCCGAAAGAGCGGAACCAUGAGGCGGAGCCUGCCGGACCUCGGCAGUCCGGACUACCGGAGCGGCUAGCAGCUAGCUUGGCAAGAGCGAGCAGGCGAAAGUGUUAGCGCGCUUUGUAGACAAAAGUUAAGUUGUAAAGUUGUUGUUUGGUGCCUGGAAGUGUUCGUCCAAAGAACAAAAGUUGGACGAACAAAAAGUCAUGGACUCGGACUCCCUGACCGGCGACGUGGACUCUCUUCUGGUGGACCCCCUAGUGGACCGGAUCCUAGCGGAUACUGUGUCCCAGCAGCAGGGAUGGCUCCGAGUUUACGACGUCAAGGGUCCUCCCGCCCACCGCCUCUCGUGUGGUCAGAGUCCAUAUUUGGAUGGCGCUGUGUGGGAGAAGAAGUUGUGCUUGUUGACGGACAGCCAGCUUCUUGUUGUGAGCAAGGAUGAUCAGGUGAGACAUCAUGUUGUCUUCAAGUCAAGUCUGAUUGAACGUGACCUUUCACCCUCACAGAAGGAGGCUCAGGACGCAGCUAAUGCUCGCAGCCUCCGGAGGACCGUCAGUGUCCCCACGGAGGGACAGUUCCCCGGCGUUCCGCCAGAGGGCGCCACCAUGUCAGAAGUGCCAUCUGACCGAUCUCCGAGGAGGCGCAGCCUCUCUGGCCUGUCGAACUCGGAGAGGAGCGUCCCCGUGGACAGUACCAGCUCGUCUCCCUUCAAAGUUCCUGGCUUCUUCAGCAAGCAUCUCAAAGGGUCUGUCAAGAGGGCAAAAAGUCAAAACAAAGCGGACAGGAACACUAACUUCAGACUUCCAGUUCUGCGACCUGCUGACACUGACAGGACACAUGGACCUCCCAGGGUGAAGGAGUGGAUGUCUCAUGAGUCCCUGCUGAGCCCUGGAGGCGCACUAGAGGCGUUGGACCUCAACAUGGAAGACGAGGUGACGGUGAAGCCUGUGCACAGCAGCAUUCUGGGUCAGGACUUCUGCUUUGAGGUGACAUACUCAGGCGGGACCAAGUGCUUCAGCUGCCCAUCUGCAUCGGAGCGAGACAAGUGGAUGGAGAACCUGAAGAGAAUUGUCCAGCCGAACAAGGACAACUGUCGCAGGGCGGAGCAUCUUCUGCGGCUGUGGAUCAUCGAGGCCAAAGACCUGCCCCCCAAGAAGAAAUACUUCUGCGAGCUCUGUCUGGACGACGUGUUGUACGUACGCACCACCAGCAAGCCUCGCCAAGAUGGCCUCUUCUGGGGCGAGUACUUCCACCUGGCCGACUUGCCUGCUGUACACAGCAUCACCGUACAUGUUUACCGCGACAUGGACAAGAAGAAGAAGAAGGACAAGAACAACUAUGUGGGCCUUGUCAACAUUCCUGUGGAGAGUGUGACGGGGCGGCAGUUUGUGGAGAGGUGGUACCCGGUGAGCACACCUACUGCCGCCAAGGUCAAAGGGGGCGGGCCUUCCGUCCGUAUCAAGUCACGCUUCCAGACCAUCGCCAUCCUCCCCAUGGAGCAGUACAAGGAGUUCGCAGAGUUCAUCACCAACAGUUACGGGACGCUGUGCUCCGUGCUGGAGCCAGUCAUCAGCGUGAAGAACAAGGAGGAGAUGGCCAGUGCCCUCGUACACAUCCUGCACAGCACGGGGAGGGCCAAGGACUUCCUGACUGACUUGGUGAUGUCAGAAGUGGACCGCUGUGCCGACCACCACGUCCUCAUCUUCAGGGAAAACACUCUGGCCACCAAAGCUAUCGAGGAGUACCUGAAACUGGUUGGACACAAGUACCUGCAUGACGCGCUCGGUGAGUUCAUCAAAGCGUUGUACGAGUCUGACGAGAACUGUGAGGUGGAUCCCAGCCGAUGUUCCAGCAGCAACUUGUCUGAGCAUCAAAGUAACUUGAAGAUGUGCUGCGAGUUGGCCUUCUGCAAGAUCAUCAACUCCUACUGUGUGUUCCCUCGUGAGUUGAAGGAAGUGUUUGCGUCAUGGACGCAGCAGUGUGUGGCUCGCGGUCACCAGCAGGACAUCAGCAAGCGUUUGAUCAGUGCCUCGCUCUUUCUGCGCUUCCUGUGUCCAGCCAUCAUGUCGCCAUCGCUAUUCCAGCUCAUGCAGGAAUAUCCCGACGAGCGCACGUCUCGAACCCUCACCCUCAUCGCCAAAGUCAUCCAGAACCUGGCCAACUUCGCCAAGUUCGGGAACAAGGAAGAGUACAUGGCCUUCAUGAACGACUUCCUGGAGCACGAGUGGGCCGGAAUGAUGCGUUUCCUGACAAAAAUCUCCAACGCAGACACUCUGUCCAGCACGCCGGGCUUUGAGGGUUACGUGGACCUUGGCAGAGAGCUGUCCCUCCUUCACGCUCUUCUGUGGGAUGUGGUCUCUCAGCUGGACAAGCGUGAAAAUUCCUUCCUGCAGGCCACCGUUGCCAAACUGGGUCCGCUGCCGAGAAUUCUGGGCGAUAUUUCUCGCAGCCUGGUGGCCCCCACGCCCAUCCAGCAGCAGCUGCACCCUUUCCAGGACCACCUUAGCUCCGCCCACAACAUGAGUGGCAGCCUGUCGUCUGGCCUACAGCGAAUCUUUGAGGACGCGUCUGACAGCCUGACGUGUCCUGGCGGCGAGGUGACGGAGGCAGUCGCUGGAGGGUCCCACGGCCAGCCAGCCCAGCAUCAUCUCUGGGGCGCCACCAGUUUUUCGGACCUGGAUGAGCGAGACGAGACACAGGUGGGCAGCCGCAGUGUCUCUAUGGGGGACCUGCAGGAUGCUCAGAGGAUGCCUGAUGCCCCGCCCAGUGUCAACAGGGCGGGCUCUCAGGCCUCUGUAGCCCCCGCAAUCCCCUCCGAGUUGGUGGUGCACCACAGCAAAGCUCCGCCCAGAGACGCUCAACCGCAGAGCGCACCGCAGGCCAGGCGUCCGCUGCAGCCUCCAGUCAAGCAUCAACGCAGUCUGCAGCCACUUUCAUUCCAGAACCCUGUCUACCACCUGAGUAACCCCACCCACUCCGCAUCCAGCUCAGAGAACUUGAGCAGCGCAAGCUCGGAUGGCGAACGGCUAGGGGUGAAAGAUCAGGUGGCGUCUGACAGCAGCUUGGACGGGUCGGGCAGCAGGCGCAGUGCUCGCAGCUCCACGCCGUGCUGUCGCAGGCCCCCUGACCUCCCGCUGAGUGCUGCCACAGCCAUUGCCGUACCUCGGCAGGGCACGGCGACGACGGGCACAGCCCACAUCGUGAAGGUGGAGCAGCAGAGCCGGGGAGGGGGCGGGUCCAGGACACAGUGUGCCUCACGUCGCAGCAGCACCAACACGGAGCUGACGCCCACCACCAACCCAGCGUCCCCUUGCUGCGCUGACACCAUGGCUCCGCCUCCAAGGGGCAGUACCAAACAGCAGGUGGCGUCUCCGGUGGAAGCGGAGUCGGCGGCCAUGUCUCCUGUGGAGAGGACAGCAGCUUGGGUACUCAAUAACAGUCAGUACCAGGAGGACCACCUUGAUGACGAGGAAGGAGGGGGGCGGAGCCGUGAUGAGGGAAAGAAUUCUGAGAAGUACGAGCUGGAGAUCUGGCGGCUGAAGGAGCGUUUGCGGGCGUCAGGGCGACGCCUGGAGGAGUACGAGCGCCGUCUAGUCGCCCAGGAACUCUCCAUGAAGACGCUUCUCCUUGACUACAAGUCACGACUCGACGACAGUGAGGAACGACUCAGGCAUCAGCAAGAAGAGAAGGACGCGCAGAUGAAGAACAUCCUUUGCAGGCUCAUGGCAGUGGAGGAGGAGUUAAAACGUGACCACGCAGAGAUGCAAACGGUGAUUGAAGCUAAACAGGAAGUCAUUGACGCUCAGGUCAGUAACGGAUCAAAAUAAACAAAGCAGGCAAGUAAUUGAAAUCCCACCCCCUUCCUGCAUGCCUCCAACCUGUUCAGCCAAUCACAGAGCAGCCUAGUGGCGAGUGUCAUGUUGGUUGAACACGUUUCAGGUGUGUGGGCUUGUUCUUUUGUGUUUGGCCCCGCCCACCUCAGAUGGUCAGCUUGACUUGUAUUGCUUUCUAGUUUGUUUUGACUAUUUAAGUUACUUCCUUUCGGGUCCAACCACAUCGCAGCAGAUAAAGAUGCGUUCAGGAUCUCUGAGGAAAAAGGAAAACAAAUUUGUCUUUUAGUUGCGAUGAGAUCUAAACCUGACACUUUGUUUCAUCUGUCAGUCUGAGUCUUGCCAUGCCCUCUCGUGUCCUUUGUCCAAUCAGGAGAAGCGGAUCCACUCUCUGGACGCAACAAACUCACGUCUGAUGGCGGCGCUGACGCAAGUGAAAGAGCGUUACGGCUCGGCCAACCUCCGAAACAGCCUGUCGCCCGGCAACCCCACGAAGCUGUCCAUCACUGAGAACGGAGAGUUCA